AUGAGCAGAGAAGGUUUUGUUCCUCCUACUGCGGCAAAUCUAGGAAAUGCAGCCUCUGGAAUUCAGACGAUGAAAGAUUACGGUGUGAAGUACAUUUGCGCACAAUGUGCCGUCAACUUUUCACUUUCUCCAAAGGAGCCUGUCAGAUGCAAGGAAUGUGGUCACAGAGUUCUUUAUAAAGCUAGAACCAAGCGGAUGGUUCAAUUUGAGGCGAGAUGA